AUUUUCCCUAGGAGUCUUGCCAGUUUCACUUUCCAGUUUCAGUUUCUCUUUCCUCAAGCCAACUGCGGGAGAAAGCGAGGUAAAGAAACCAGGUGAUGCUUCCAUAUAUAGGUCUCCUUAGCAUCUCUCUGAGGCAGAGGAGGAAGAUUUCUGGAGAGCACAGUGGCCUGAGCUGCAGCCUUUCAGAACAGUUGAGAAGUGCCCCGUGAUCAUGAGUGAGACCACCAGAAACACCUUGGAGAGUUGUCUGCGGCAACUUAAAUGCCAUUUCACGUGGAACUUGGUGGAGGGAGGAAAGUCGUUGGAUGACUUUGAAGACGAGGUAUGUAACACGACGGAGUUCCAGAACAACGAAUUCAAAGCCACGGUGUUCAACAUACUGGCCUACAUAAAACACCGCAGAGGCCACGAUGAGGCUGCCCUGGAGUGCCUACAGAGGGCUGAGGAGCUGAUCCAGCGGGAGCACGCGGAGCAGGCAGACAUCAGAAGUCUGGUCACCUGGGGAAACUACGCCUGGGUCUACUACCACCUGGGCAGACCCGCAGACGCUCAGAUGUAUGUGGACAAGGUGCGACGGGUAUGCGAGAAGUUCCGCAGCCCCUACAGAAUCGAGAGUCCUGAGAUGGACUGUGAGGAGGGGUGGGCCCGGUUACAGUGUGGAAGAAAGCACAACGAGAGGGCCAAGGUGUGCUUUGAGAAGGCUCUGGAAAGGAAUCCCCAGAGCGCAGAAUUCACCUCUGGCCUGGCCAUCGCGAGCUACCGUCUGGACACCUGGCCGCUGCCUCAGGAUCCCGUCGACCCUCUGAGGCGGGCCAUUCAGCUGAAUCCUGACAACCGGUAUGCAAAAGUGCUCUUGGCUCUGAAACUUCAGGGGAUGAAGGAAGAAGGUGAAGGAGAGAGGCUUGUGGAGGAAGCUUUGGAGGGGGCCCCGUGUGCAACUGACGUGCUUUGUGGAGCAGCGAAGCUGUUUAAAAGAAAAGGAGCCCUAGACAAAGCUAUCGAACUGCUUCUAAAGGCUCUAGAAGGCAUGCCCAACAAUGCCUACCUGCAUUACUACACUGGGUGCUGCUACAGGGCAAAAGUCCUCGAUAUCCUACAGGACACAGGAAAGAAUGGCGUGCCCUGGAGAAGAGAAAAGUUACAGGAAGCCAUUGAGCAAGCUGUGUAUCAUUUGAAGAGAGUGGAGGAGGCCGAUGCAAACCACCCCUGUGUCUGCUCCUAUCUGGCCUGCCUCUAUGCACAAGCAGGUCAGUACGACGAAGCAGAGUGCUACUUCCAAAAGGAAUUCUGCAAAGAGCUUUCUCCCGUAGCCAAACAAGUCCUCCACCUGCGCUAUGGCAACUUCCAGCUCUACCAGCUGAAGAGCGAGGACAGAGCCAUCCACCAUUUCAUACAGGGUGUGAAAAUAAAGCAGGACUCAAAGGAGACAGAAAAGAUGAAAAAUAAGCUGCAAAAAAUUGCCAGUGUCAGGCUUUCUAAAAAUGGGGCGGAUUCUGUCGCUUUGCACCUCUUGGAGUUUCUUCAGGAGCUGGGUACAGAGAUGCGGCCAGCAGAGGAAAAGUCUGAGAGGCAUUUGGAUUCUGGAAGCUUCCUCCCUUCAGCAUCUUCCCCUGAGGAAUGAGAAAUCAGGAUAUGGUGCCCGUGGGAUGGUGACGGGAAGGGAAGCAGAAACCCCUCCACCAAGUAGUUUGUGUUCAAGAUACUUCUCAACUGGUAUGGCGUAGGCCUGGACCGAGCCACUGGCCACCAGUCUGGACCAGGUUUACAGAGGAACCCACUGCGUAGAGUGUUUACACAUGGAUCACUCAGGCUUUUCUGAGACAGGGACUAGAUUGGAGUGGGGGGGUGGCCCUGGGACUUGGUAAGAGGGCUAGUUCCGAAUUGACCUCCUGGGAGCACUAUGCAUUGUGACAUUCCCUUAGUCAUCCUCCCUGGGUGAUGCUUUGCAUUUGUCUUUAUGUUUAUAUAAAGCAGCCAGAUUCCUCACAUCUGUAA